CUUUAGCCUGCGUAUCUGUGAUGAGAGAAUCAGAGGGGAUCCCCGCAUUCAGACCGGUCCUGCUGCCCAUUCACUCCCACCCGUAAAUGGACACUCGGUGAAAACGAAGCUUCCUCUCUGUUUCUGAAAGGAAACACAAGGUGCUACCAUGCCCAUCUCCCUACUAUGGGCCGUAGACGUGCAUGGGCGGGUGUACAGCCUGUCCACUGCAGGACAGCAGUGGGACCAGUGCCGCAAUGCCCAAAUGGAGUUCAAACGGGUAACUGCAGCCCAGCAGUGCUGUUGGGGCAUUGCCUGUGACAAUAGCAUCUAUCUGAACGUCCAUGCAUCUGACCUGCCUGUGCGUUAUCAGGAAGAGACCUAUGAAAAUCAAAGGUGGAAUCCGGUGGAUGGUUUUUCUGACCGACUCUUGCCGAGUGACCGUUGGCAGUGGAGUGAUGUGAGUGGCCUGCAGCACCAGCCACUAGAUGGGUUCCAGUUGCCCUCCAGCAGCUGGGAGUGGGAGGGCGACUGGUUUGUGGACGAGAACUUUGAGGGAGAGCCCACAGAGAGAGAGGGGUGGACGUAUGCCAUUGACUUUCCCGCCAACUACACAAAAGAUAAAAAGUGGAACUCGUGUGUCCGUCGGAGGCGCUGGCUACGGUACAGAAGAUACAAAGCUAUGGACAUGUGGGCCAAGAUUCCCUCACAGCAGACAACUCUACCAGACCCGUUCAGUGACAUCAGCUGUGGAGGCUCUGACAUCAGUGAGGAGCCCCGUGGACGCCUCUCUUUAUGGGCUGUGUCUCUGCAGGGAAAGGUGUGGUUCCGAGAGGGAAUCUACCACCACAACCCAGAGGGCUGGAGCUGGGAGGAGGUGCCACUCCCUGGAGAGGUGGUCCAGAUCAGCUGUGGCCCGGGGGACCUAGUGUGGGCAGUACUGUGGGAGGGCCAGUUCAUCGUGAGGGAGGGCAUUGGACGAGAUUGUCCUAAAGGUUCAUCCUGGACCUUGGUGGACUCUCCCAGUCCAGAUGUGGGGGCUAUACAUAUUGCUGUGGGAGUCAAUGUUGUGUGGGCUGUCACAAAAGAUAAUAAGGUUUGGUUCAGACGUGGAGUAAACUCCCAUAAUCCCUGUGGUUCUGGCUGGAUCCACAUGGUUGGGGAAAUGCUGAUGGUCAACGUUGGACUCAAUGACCAAGUGUGGGGCAUCGGCUCUGAGGAUCGGGCAGUGUAUUUCAGACAGGGAGUAACUCCCAGUGAACUCAGCGGGAAAACCUGGAAAACCAUCAGUAUUCCCCGAGAAGGAGAGCGCUCGCACUCCAGCGCCAGCAGCCUGCAGAGUGCUGGCUGUUUCUUCACUGGUGAAGUACGUGCUCCGUCUGUUGCAAGUGAAGCUGAGUCUGACCCAGACCGAGCACUCACAGAGGGACCAGGACUAGUCUGUUCAGUUGCCCCUGAGUCAUUUGUUGAUGCCUCCACAAAUCCCUCUGACCCAACCCCUGACACCCCCAAACCUCGUAUCCCAAAGGUCACCAGUGAUAGCUUCAUCUCUGAGCUAGUGUCAGACCGAGAACCUGGAAAGAUUUCUAAGGAGAUCCAGCCUCUUCCUACUCCUGUCCAAGAGGAGGAGCCAGUUCCAAGUGAAGAGACUCUGACGGAGGUUGCGCUGUCCCCCAGUCAGCCUACAGGGGUUCUGGGCUCUCACUGGAGCAAUGUGGAUCUGGAGGAGGGGCAGAACCCACAGGCACAGAGUAGCCUGGUGCCUGAAUAUGCUGACACCUGCAGCCUGUCUUCGGUAGUCACAUUCACACUGGCCAUGGAAGAUCAAUACACCAAUGAUGAACACCCAUUGUGGGCCUGGGUCAGUGCUGGAGCCUGCAAUGUGGACAGUCACUCCCAACCCAACUGGUUCCACUGCUCUUUGAACACGUCAUCUUUGGCUCAGUCAGUGCAGUCUAUGAGUCUGUCUGUUACUCCAGCCCAGACAGCAGCUUGGCGAAAGCAGAUCUUUGAACAACUCAACGAGAGGACAAAAAGAGAAAUAGAUAAUUUCAGACAUUAUGAGCAAGCAGUAGAACAGUCUGUCUGGGUGAAAAAGGGGACCAUGCAGUGGUGGAGAGAUUGGAAACCUCACAAGUGGAUUGAUGUUCAGUUUGCCUUAGAGCAGUUCUCUGGACCAGAUGGCAACAAGGAUGGAAUCUUGUUUAUUUACUACAACUUUUAUGAAGAGAAGAAGUAUCUGCAUGCCUUUAUCAAUGAGGUGACCAUCCUGGUUCCUGUGUUGAAUGACUCUAAACACACAUUUGCCGUCUACACUCCUGAAAGAACCAAGCAGAGGUGGCCAAUCAGACUGGCUGCAUCCACUGAGCUGGAGAUGCACGACUGGCUGGCAUUACUGAGUGUGUCCUGCUGUGACUCUAGAGGGAUCCAUGGUGUGCCCUCAAAGCAGGCCAUUUGGUCUAUAACUUGUAAAGGAGACAUCUUUGUGAGUGAACCCACUCCUGCACUAGAGGCCAUGCCUUAUCCAACACCAUGUGACCAGAUGUUCUGGAGACAGGUUGGUGGUCACUUGCGCACGGUGGAGGCAAACAGUGUUGGCAUAGUUUGGGGUAUUGGCUAUGACCACACUGCUUGGGCCUACACUGGAGGAUAUGGAGGGGGCUUCCUUCAGGGAUUAGCUAGCAGCACAGACAAUAUCUAUACACAGACUGAUGUGAAGAGCGUGUUUAUAUAUGAAAACCAGAGGUGGAAUCCUGUUACCGGCUACACAAGCAGAGGAUUACCUACUGACCGUUACAUGUGGAGCGAUGCUUCCGGACUACAUGAGUGCACCAAAACAAAUACCAAACCCCCCUCUCCUCAGUGGACAUGGGUGUCAGACUGGGCCAUUGACUACAGUGUCUCAGGGGGGACAGACAAAGAGGGCUGGCAGUAUGCAGCUGAUUUUCCUGCGUCAUAUCAUGGCUAUAAAACAAUUAAGGACUUUGUGCGGCGUAGGCGGUGGGCCAGAAAGUGUAAACUGACCACCACAGGCCCAUGGCAGGAGAUCCCCCCCAUCCCUCUGAGCGAUGUGUCCAUCCUGCCCUGUGCUACUCCGAGCAGUGUGGAGGUGGUCCCUCUGUGGGCCAUCAGCAACAAGGGGGAUGUGCUAUGUCGGCUGGGGGUCACUACUCUCACUCCAGCGGGAUCCUCAUGGCUUCAUGUUGGUACUGAUCAGCCUUUUAAGUCUGUUUCCAUUGGAGCUGUCAGUCAGGUUUGGGCUAUUGCUAGAGAUGGAUCAGCUUUCUACAGAGGAGCUGUGUCUUCUGAGAACCCAGCAGGUGACAGCUGGUACCACAUCCCUUCCCCAGCCAAGCAGAAAUUGAAGCAAGUGUCUGUUGGAAGAACAUCUGUCUAUACUGUGGAUGAAAAUGGUAACCUGUGGUACAGACAGGGUGUGACACCUAGCUAUCCUCAGGGCUCUUUUUGGGAACACAUCUCCAAUAAUGUGCGUAAAGUCAGUGUUGGCCCCUUGGACCAGGUUUGGAUCAUUGCUGACAAGGUCCAGGGCAGUCACAGUCUGAGCUGUGGGACAGUGUGUCAUAGGCUCGGGGUUCAGCCAACAGAGCCCAAGGGACACACCUGGGACUAUGGCAUUGGGGGAGGAUGGGACCACAUCACAAUCAGAGGAAAUGCGAUGGAUCCACCUCGCUUACGUCUACCAUCUUUAACUAACUCGCCUUUCUCAGCCAAUAGGAGCCCAGAGCCUGUCAGGAGCACAGAGGUCAACGGAAAUGCUAUGGGCUGUUAAACAAGCCUCAAGCUUAUGUCAUGGUUACGUUUGUGAUGAGACUUUUCCCUUAUUGAUAUAUCUGUGAUUAUAUGGUCAUCUUCAUACCUCUAUUAUUUUAACUUCAUCUAAAGCUGGACCACUUUUACCCUCUUCACGAUUUAAAUAUAUUAUUUUAUAAUCAGAAUGUGAUGCCUCCGUUAGAGUGGGAUCUGUUUCACAUGUGACAUCUGCAUUUCUUGUAUAUUAAUUUUGUAAAUGUAUGUGUACUUUCUCUGGUCACUUUAAACGUGUAGCAAGAAAAUGCAAACGAAAAGCAUUGCCAGUGUUGAACAUUUGAGAAAGGCAGCUGAGUUCUUAUAUCCUCUUGGUUGACAAUCUGCUGUAUGUCUAAAACAGGUGCUUUUUGCUGCUUUGGAAAGAACAGCCAGUUAUGUUUGGAUUCAGACCACUAUUGUCCAUAUUGACCUAGGUCAAUAUGGGAAAACCCUGCUAUAAAAAGAGAUGAGAAAACCACUACAACUAUGUGCAGAAGUCUAAUUAUUGUGCUAUGUGAGUGUGACUAAAGACUCUCUGUGGGGUGUGGGGUAUGUGCAAUGAUUGGCUCAAAGAUAGUUUAGGCUUCUCUGGAAAAUGUGCAUGACUACUAGUAAUUACAGGUUAUUAAAAUUAUAAAAGAUAUUUUUGUUACUUAAGUUAUUACUACUUUACUUGGGAUGUUAUGACAAAUCUGUUGAAAAGUUAUGAUCAAAUUGCAUGUACAGCAAAUUGCUACAUGUAAAUACUGCAAUGUACAGGAUAUGAACUGGGACAUUUGUGUUCUGUAACAAGUUAUUCGUAAAAAAAUAUGAAUUCCAUUUUAAUUUUAAGUGUCAAGUGCACAGCAAACAUGUGAGCUGUUGACAAUAAAUUAUGUUUUAUUAAUACAAA